AUGAAGCUCAAGCAAAGGGAAGAGUUUCUACAAUGGCAUGAGGCACAUAAAAACGACGAGUUUGAUUUUCAAAAGGAGAUACAUGCUUAUUAUGAUUCUGAUGUAGACAUUUUAAGACUUGGUUGCCUGGAAUUUCGCAAGGAAUUUUUGGGAAUUGCUAACAUAGACCCUUUUCAAUAUCUGACCAUUGCCAGUGUUUGCAUGGCUAUAUACAGGUCCAAAUAUCUGCAACCAAACACUAUUGGGGUUGUAAAGCAGGACAUAAAGGAGACUUAUAGCCAGGCGUCGAUAAAAUGGCUGAGUCAGUUUCCAGCCGUACAACAUGCUCUUAAUGGAGGAGAAGUGACAAUUUGCGGGGCAAAAGUGGAUGGCUAUGACUCCAGUACAAAUACUGUGUACCAGUAUCAGGGUUGUUUCUGGCAUGGCCAUUCAGAAUGCUAUAAGAGAGAGACAGUAAUACAUGUCAACAAUGAAAACAUGAGUGAUUUAUACAAAAAAACUGUACGGAGAUCCACACAAAUAAAAGAAGCAGGUUACAACUUAGUAGAAAUUUGGGAACGUGAGUGGCUAAAAUCAAAAGAAUGUAAAAAUGCUCCACUACCUCACAUUGUUGAACCCCUAAAGCCUCGUGAUGCUUUUUUCGGGGGCCGAACAAAUGCUAUAAAGCUAAAUGUGACAGAGAAAAAGCUCAGGUAUAUAGAUAUUGUAUCAUUGUAUCCAACUGUACAGUAUUAUGACCGCUACCCCAUUGGCCACCCUGUUAAAAUAUAUGCACCUGAAUCUUACGAUCCUAUGUGGUUUGGCCUGGUACAUUGCCAAAUACUGCCACCUACUAAUUUAUAUCAUCCCGUCCUACCUGUCAAAACUGACAAAUUAAUGUUUCCUCUCUGUAACCAGUGUGUAUUGGAUAGACCUGAAGAAUGUACACACACAGAACCGGAAAGAAUGUUGACAGGUACAUGGACCACUUUGGAAAUUCAUAAAGCAUUGGAAAAGGGGUAUAAAAUAAUAAAUAUUUACGAGGUUUGGCAUUUUAAUCAAACCUCAACAGCUUUGUUCAAGAGUUAUGUCGAAGAUUUUAUGAAGAUAAAAUUAGAAACCAGUCCACAUACGUAUGCCUCAAAUGAAGAAUACGUUCGGGUCGUAAAAGAGCAAAUGGGUCUAGACUUAGAUCUGGCUAAAAUUGCCCCGAAUCCUGGAAAACGCGCAUGCGCUAAAAUAUUCCUCUGUAGCCUAUGGGGUAAAUACGGUCAGAGAAUGAAUAUGGCUCAGACAGAGUAUGUAGCUGACCUCAAAAGAUGGCACGACCUUUUGCUCGAUGAUAAAAUCAACAUAACAAAUGUCAUAUUUAUAAAUGAUAACAUAGUACAGGUCACUUAUGAUUAUAAAGACGUAUUUGUGGAAGAUCCCACAUCUACAAAUAUUUUUGUGGCCUUAUUUACUACUUCUAAUGCCAGGCUCCGAUUAUAUAACAUGCUUGACAGGCUAGGAGAGGCUGUAGCUUAUUUCGAUACAGACUCCGUUGUUUAUAUUGAUGAUGGCCUAAACACUGUUGAAACAGGUGAAAUGUUAGGCGAUUGGAGCGAUGAGCUUGGGUCAGAUGAUUAUAUUGUAGAAUGGCAGGCAACUGGCCCAAAAAGUUAUUACUACUACAACAGACAAAGGCAAAGAGGUGACUAA